AUGAUGGGGAUCUUUUUGGCGUAUGUUGGAUUUGUCUUCUUUUCUGUUUUAUAUGUGCAGCAAGGCCUUUCUUCUCAAGCAAAAUUCACUGAGUUUCCGCGCAACGUGACCGCGACCGAGGGGCAGAAUGUGGAGAUGUCCUGCGCUUUCCAAAGCGGCUCGGCUUCCGUGUACCUGGAGAUCCAGUGGUGGUUCCUGCGGGGCCCCGAGGACCUGGAGCCCGCGGCCGAGGUGGCGGGUGCGCAGGUGGAGCUCCUGCCCGACCGAGACCCCGACAACGACGGGACCAAGAUCAGUACAGUGAAGGUCCAAGGCAACGACAUCUCCCACAAGCUUCAGAUUUCCAAAGUGAGGAAAAAGGACGAAGGCUUGUAUGAGUGCAGGGUUACAGACGCCAACUACGGGCAGCUCCAGGAGCACAAGGCCCAGGCCUACCUGAAGGUCAACGCCAACAGCCACGUGCGGAGGGCGCAGGCCUUCGAAGCCUCGCCCAUGUGGCUGCAAGACAUGAAGCCCCGAAAGAAUGUCUCGGCGGCCGCCCCCAGCAGCAUCCACAGCUCUGCGAACCAGCGACUGCCCCCCACCUCCAGCCCUCAAGCGGUAGCCAAAAUCCCCAAGCAAAGUCCACAAUCAGCAAAGAGCAAAUCGCCUGUAAAAUCUACGGAGCGGACAGCAAAGUUGACCCUAAACUCCAAGCACCACUCUGCACCCACUGUAGUCUAAUUCCCCAGACCAGGAGCACCUGCUUCCAGAAGCGUAAACGAAGAGGCUCUCACUGCUUUGUUCUUAGUUUUCUCGGCAGAUCCCUGCUCUUUCCUUCCGAGAGAAUUAGUGUGAAGUGAUAGGACAUUUUCUAACAGCAAGAUCUAUUUUGUUUCCUUUUCUUCCGGCUACUUAAAGCAUCAUCUCACCGACUGCUCAGGGGUUGGCCUGAACGUCAUCGGGAUAGCAAAUAUUUACUCUGGACGUCACUAGUUCCUACUAAAAGACCCAUUAUCUGCAGGAAGCAAACAGAGAUCAAAAGACUACAGAGCAUAAACUAUCAUCAAGCGACACCCCCGUUUUGUGGGGGGGGGCAAGAACAAAAUGUCAACACUGCGAGCCAACAAGGAGAACAUUCUUUUAAAUGAGAAAUCAUACAAGAAA